AAGGCGAGCAAGCACCGGAGAAUCCGAGCGAAGACAAGACAAGGACGGGUCUAGCCUGAUGCUUGCGAUUACAUCCUUUCGUCAGGAUCGUUGUCGACGAUGAUCAAGGCUGGAGAUGAUAGUUUGAAGGAUCAUGUUUCAGCUAUCAUGUGACGAGUGACAAGAUAUCCCUUGAGUUUCUUCGAGCUUAAUCCAACCUACGAUGCCAGGAGGCAUUCGUCCAAGCUCCGCGCUGCCUGCUCACAGGCAGAACGAGCUCGGACCAGCCCAGGAUGUGCUGAAGGGGAGGAGACCUGUAUCGGCAGGGUACAGGCAAAGCAAUCAUCUGUUCAACCUCACCCGACCAAAGUCAGCGGCUCCCAGCUUCUUCGGACAAGUUGUGUACGCUGAGGACGACGGCUUGAAGCCUCCUCGCUCCUCCAGCGGAGUCUUCGGCUCAUGGCAGGGCAAGAAGUUUGUGUACGUCGAGCACCAAGGAGCAGAAAGGAGCUCGUUGGAAGGGAUACAGAAGAACAGCUUGUUUGCUGUCAGUGAGGAAGGAAGUUUGAACGUGAAGGGGUUUCAACGGAGGACGACGAGCCGUCUGAGCAAGACUGACCGGUCCUCUCUCCUCAAGAAGAUCCGAGUGAACAACCUGGUAGGAGCAGAGCAGCAGCUCACGACAGGAAGCUCCAGCGCUUUCGUUCCUCGGCUGAGGCCGCGGUCAGCUGGAGGGAGCAACUUGCAGGGCAUGGGAGAGGAGCGUGGGUACGAUCCUCUCUCCUCCAGGUUGAAAUCCCCCCAGUCAUCGCCGAGACGAGCGACCCCAAGGGAUCGCCGAGCUCAUCCUCGCAGCGGGCAGCUGCUGGCUGACCUGAACCUGGCGAGCAUGGCGGAGUCGGACGUUGUGUACGAGCUGCUGAUAGAGCCUGUCGGCACCUCCCUCAGCGUCGACGGAGAGCGGGGAGGCGCCAAGUUUUGUGACGAUUCCUUCCCUCCCACGGAAGUUUCUAUCUUGGGGGAGGAGGGGAGCCAAGUGCAAGACGAGCAGGAGCAGGAGAGGAAGCAGCAGCUGGCGGAUCAGAUCCACGGGUGGUUUAGGCCAGAGGAGUUCGUUCCUGCUGACCAGAAGCCCAUCCUCUUCGCAGCGAGCGGCGCCAUGUCCAACGUGAAGCAGGGGAUGCUCAAGAACUGUCACUUCCUCGGGGCUCUCUCAGUCAUCGCCUGCCGGCCCGACAUGGUGGAGCAGAUCUUCGGGCCCCUGAAGCAGGUGGACCCCAACGUGUCCCACUCCUACCUGCUCGACCGAGGCAUCAUCACCGUCCAGCUGUACAAGGACUGCGCCUGGCACGACGUGACUGUAGACACUCGCAUCCCUUGUGUCAUCGACCCCAGCAGCGGAGGUUUCGUCCCUGCCUUCGGCCGCUGCGUGUCCCCUGCCCAGGUAUGGGUCCAGCUGUUGGAGAAAGCCUACGCGAAGCUGCACGGCUCCUACGCGGCGAUCGAGACGGGGAAGAUAAGCGAGGCGCUGGCAGACCUGACGGGAGGAGUGACGGAGACCAUCGACACCAAGGGGAGGGAGGGGCUGGAGCGAAUCAAGACAGGAAGCCUGUGGCGGCAGCUGCAGGAGGCGAAGAGCGAGGGUCACCUCCUCGCGUGCUCCUUGUCCAUUAGAAACGCUCAGCCUGAGGCCCAGGGCCCCUGCGGGCUGCUGGUGAACCACGGGUACGCCAUCCUCGACGUGGAGACGAUCCCGGACAACGGCUUCCGGCUCGUCAAGGUGCGAAACCCCUGGGGAACCAACAGCGGAGUAUGGGACGGAGACUGGGGAGAGGACAGCGCCCUGUGGUCCAUCUACCCCGAAGUCUCGAAGCAUCUCGGGAGGAUGCAGGAGCCAGGAGUGUUCUGGAUGUCGUACGAAGACCUUGUCGAUCGGUUCAACAAGCUCUACAUCUGCCGCGUCUUCCCCCUCAACUGGCACAACUUGUGCGUGAGAAGCGAGUGGACGCAGUCGACAGCAGGAGGAGGCGAAUCGGACCCCACAUGGUUUCUCAACCCUCAGUUCAGGUUGUGCGUCCCCAGCUCUUCUACCGUCGUCAUCACAGUCGCUCAGUUCGACAGCAGAGUGCAAGGCAGAGAGCUAGAGCUGGUCCCUGCCGGCAUCACGGUCCUCAAGGCGAAGAAGGGGUCGUUCCCGAGCCGGGUGUGGAGGGUGGAGGACGGGGUGGUGGUAGCGCAGCAGUACCCCGUGCGAUCGAGAGACGUGUCAUUGACGGUGAAGUUGCAUGCUGACACCUUAUACUACGUCAUCCCCUACACCAGCAGCACCACCAAGACCGCUCCCUUCACCCUCAGGCUCUACAGCAGCGGAGUCGUGGAGCUGCAGCGAGUACCCCCCCUUAGCAAGGUCAGUGUGCGAGGGCAGUGGACGGACAGGACGGGAGGAGGGCCCGUGGACUCUCCGACCUUCUUCAACAAUCCGCAGUAUGUGGUGAAGGUGGUGGAAGAGGAGAAACGACUUGAAGGAGCCUCGAUGAUUUCCUUUGCAAAUCACGACGUCGAAGUGCUGUUGACAAAAGCCGAGGACAACCUUGAGGCGAGCUCCUCCUCCUCGUUGGACCUCGAAGACGAGGGGCGUCGCUCCCAGCAGCCUUGUACCGUUGGCUUGUCGGUGUUGCGAGGAGAGUCAAGAGUCAUUGACUUUCCCGCCAAAGAGACCAUGGUUCACUCGGGAAUGGAGUAUGGCAGAAAAGUUGCACGAGUGCAAACAAAAUGUCGGACAAGAUCGUCUUUUAUCGUUAUACCAUGGACGACCACACCGAAAACCGACAGCUUCUUCACUCUCAACCUGUACAGUGAAGGGCAGGUUCAGGUCGACAAGAUCCCUGAUGUUCGCCGCCUCUCCGUCAUGGGCGAAUGGCGAGGACAGUCGGCAGCUGGGUCACACCUGAACACGUCCUGGAGCAGCAACCCGCAAUUCUUCCUCUUCGUGCCUCCCCCUGUCUCCACCAAGCCCAACGUGAAGGUGACUCUGAGUUACCGCGGGAACUGGGAGGCGAAGAGAGCACGAGACCCCAUCGGUUGCAUGAUCGGCAUCUACGCUCUCCAGUGCCCUCAGAGCUUCAUCGACCGCGAGAGAGCCUUCCCCGGCCCAGGCAUCAAGCGAGAGGCGCUCGACCGGCUGACCCUCGAGAGACCUGAUUACGAACGGCGACUAGUCGACACGGUCUUCGUCCCUAACGACUCGGUGGUCGUCAACUUGGACAAGAUUCGACCAUCGAACAGACCUUACCUCCUUCUUCCUACCACCUACUCCAACGGAAAGUCGGGCGGCUUCACUCUCGAAGUGAUCGCAAACGUUGAGAUCUUUCUGUUCGAAGCCAACCAAUAAUUCUUGAACCUUUGGACAGCGCUGGUUUGACCGCAUGACCUACUUUCAUGAUGGUGGUGCGAAAGCAUGGAGAGUGCCCGGGCAGAGCGUUGGAGAUCUUAAAUGUAAAUGUGCCAUCGUAACUUACUUCUGUGACUUUAGUAAGAGUACAAAUCCAAAUCCUUC